AUGGCGCCCAAGUCCAAGGCCAAGAAGGCCACAGCCUCCUCGGAUGAUUCCGAGAAUGAAUCACCCGUGGUCGACCCCACGCCAGCCAAGCAGGUCAACAGUGACCCGACCCGUGUCGUGUUCGGUGUGGAUCUGGACGACCCGCGCGACGUCGAGGACGACGAGAACGCUGUGGCCCCAGUAGCCAAGUAUGCGAUCCUAGCUAUGAUCUGUCUCAUGUCCUUCUCCAUCCGCCUCUUCGCCGUCGUGCGCUACGAAUCGGUGAUCCACGAGUUCGACCCGUACUUCAACUUCCGUACGACCAAGUACUUGGCCUCCGAGGGUUUCCUCGAGUUUUUGGACUGGUUCGAUGACCGUGCGUGGUAUCCGCUGGGUCGUAUCAUCGGUGGCACUAUCUACCCUGGUCUCAUGUACACGGCUGCACUCGUGUACUGGGUGCUCAACCUGCUGAACAUCUCCAUCAACGUUCGCAACACUUGCGUGUUCCUCGCGCCGCUGUUCGCUGCCAACACGGCAAUUGCCAGCUACCUGUUGACCAAGGAAGUGACCAAACGCUCCAGUGCUGGUCUUCUAGCUGCCGCGUUUGCCGGUAUUGUACCGUCAUACAUCUCCCGAUCUGUAGGAGGCUCGUACGAUAACGAAGGCGUCGCUAUCUUUGCGCUUAUCUUCGUGUUCUACCUCUGGAUCAAGGCUGUGCACACGGGAUCCAUGUUCUGGUCCGCUGGCUGUGCACUCACCUACUUCUACAUGGUGGCAGCCUGGGGUGGUUAUGUGUUCAUCAUCAACAUGAUUCCUAUCUAUGUUCUGGUCAUGAUCUUCGCUGGACGCUACACGCCGCGACUGUACAUCGCCUACUCGACGUUCUACACUCUGGGGAGUCUCAUGGCGAUGCAGGUGCCGUUCGUGGGCUUCAACGUCAUCAAGCAGGCCGAGUGUGCUGGAUCGCACGGUGUCUUCGUGUUGCUGCAGGUCUACUGCUUCGUCAACUGGCUGCGUAACUACAUCUCGGCCGCGUCGUUCCGUCGUCUUAUACUGGUCGGCGCUGGUCUGUUGGUCUCCGGCGUGGCAUUGGCUCUACUGGUGCUGCAACUCAUGGGCAAGGUGCAGUGGACUGGCCGUAGUCUGACGCUUCUGGACCCGACCUAUGCGUCCAAGUACAUCCCCAUUAUUGCUUCCGUUAGCGAACACCAGCCCACGACGUGGACCUCCUACUUCUUCGACCUGCACAUCCUCGUGCCGUUCGCGCCCGUGGGUCUCUACUUCCUGUUCCAGAACUUGACGGACGGCGGCAUUUUCGUCAUUCUGUACGGUACUGUUGCCUGGUACUUCGCUGGUGUGAUGGUGCGUCUGAUGCUUACGCUGGCGCCUAUUGCGUGCAUUCUCGGUGCUGUGGGCAUCUCGUCGACGCUGCGUAAGUUCAUGGGAAUCCUGGCUCGUCCGUCGACGUUCGUCGUGCAGAAGGAUGGUGUCCAGCCUGUACCGAAGAUCCUGGCUUUGGGUAUUGUAAGUGGUCUGCUGCUCAUGCUGCUGAGCUACACACUUCACGCUACGUACGUGUCGUCUAUGGCUUACUCAUCGCCCAGUAUUGUGAUUGAAGCCGGCCGUACGCAGACUGGCGAGCGUGUGAACUUCGACGACUACCGUGAGGCGUACUUCUGGCUACGUCAGAACACGGACGCGAACGCCAAGAUCAUGUCGUGGUGGGAUUACGGCUACCAGAUGUCGGCUAUGGCUAACCGCACAGUUAUUGUGGACAACAACACGUGGAACAACACGCACAUUGCUACAGUCGGCCGUGCUCUGGCCUCGUCGGAGGAAGACGCGUACCCGAUCUUGCAGAGUCUGGAUGUGGAUUACGUCCUGGUUAUCUUCGGUGGUGUGACGGGGUACAGUUCGGACGAUAUUAACAAGUUCCUCUGGGCCUGUGCGUAUUGGUUCGGGUGUCUGUGCUACUACCGCUUCGGUGAAGUGAUGACGGACUACCAGCGUCCGCCAGGCUUCGAUCGUGCUCGUAACACGGAAGUUGGAGUCAAGAACAUCAAGCUGACGCACUUGGAAGAGGCCUUCACGUCGGAACACUGGAUCGUGCGUAUCUUCAAGGUGAAGAAGCAGCCCAAUGUCGAGUCUACGACUGCUGUCAAGAAGGCGCGUUUGUCUGAAGCCUCGGCUGCCGAGAACGACAUUUCGAAGGAGAAGACGCGCUUCUUGGGCUGCUCGACGGGCGAGGACAUGCUGGGCAACGACCGCGUGUACGCUGGCGGCCCCAGCGGUGCCAAUUUCAACCUCGCUCUGCACCACGCCAAGGAGAAGGGCAAGCGCUACUUCGCCGUCGCCCGUGUGGCCGGCGAGGGACACGCUUUCGCGUUUAACAAGCUUCCCGUGAGCGAAGCGGACUUGGACGGCAAUGAUGAAGGCUGCAUGCGUGCAUGCAAGGACACGAACUCGCACUCAUGUGGCUGUGCUGACGCUGGAUGCACGGACAUGAACGUGGCGCCCGGUAAGGGCCAGGAGCACAACCGUCGCUGGGCCAUCUACGAGCGUCAGGCCAACUAA